AUGGUCAAGAUCGAGCCGUUCCAGGUGGAACAAUGGAUGGACACCUACGAGACGACGGCCGGUGUGCUCAACAUAGCCGAGACCUGCGCGGCCUCUCUGUCGAUUGCUGACUUGGCCGGCCUAGCCGUGCCCACGGGCGUGGACGGCACGACGAGCGUUCCGGCCGCCGAUCCGUUGUCAGCGCUGGCCACAACACGGCUGACCUACGGCGCCAUCCAGGGGUCCUCGACGCUGCGGAAGCACGUGGCAGAGCUGUUCGACGAGGGCAAGGACGCCAACGUACCGCCGCUGCCGGCCGACAGUGUUGUCGUCACGCAGGGUGCCAUUGCCGCCAACCACCUCGUAUUCUACACGCUGCUCGGCCCCGGCGACCAUGCCAUUUGUGUAUACCCGACAUACCAGCAGCUGUACGGUGUUCCGCAGAGCCUGGGUGCCGAGGUGUCGCUCUGGAAGCUGACGCUGGAGAAGGGCUAUGUGCCGGACACGGCCGAGCUGGAGAAUUUGGUCCGGCCAAAUACAAAGUGGCUCCAGAUGAUCAUUGUCAACAACCCGAACAAUCCGAUGGGGGUGCCCAUUCCACGCGCCGUGCUGGAAGCGAUUGUCCGCUUCGCGAGGGCGCGUGACAUCAUCAUCCUGUCUGACGAGGUGUAUCUUCCCCUGACCCAUGGUGGUAUGUUGGCGCCAGACCCGGACGAGAGCCACUAUGCGGCGGCCUUGACGCUGGACGAGGCAUCCGAGCCCCGUGUUCCGCCGCCGCCGCCCCCGAGCAUCCUGACGCUCGGCUACGACAAGGCGAUCGCGACGGGCUCCAUGUCCAAGGCCUUUGCGCUGGCAGGCCUCCGGCUGGGCUGGGUGGCGUCCCGCGACAGGGCGCUUGUCGACGCCAUUCUGGCCGCGCGUGACUACACCACCAUCAGCGUCUCGCAGCUGGACGACGGCAUCGCACGCUACGCGCUCUCGGACUCGGUGCGCGACUCGCUUCUGCGCCGCAACAAUGACCUGGCGCGGCGAAACAUUCGUCACUUGAACCGGUUUGUGGGGAAGUGGGAGAGCAAGGGCCGCGUGCGGGUUGCGUGGGUGCCGCCGACAGCAGGCACGACUGCGUUUGUGCAGUUUUCCACGGUGGCCAGCGGCGACGACAGCAGCGCAGCUGCGACACCGGUCGACGACAAGCAGUUCUGCCUCGACGUGCUGCACGCAACGCAAGUCCUGAUGGUGCCGGGAUCGCUUUGUUUUGGCCAUGGCAAAGACUUCAAGGGCUAUGUGCGCAUUGGCUACGUGGGCGAGACGGCCGUGCUGGUCGAGGCGCUGUCAAAGCUGGACCGGUAUCUGGAGAACAACCUGGCGUAG